UUUCAUCUUAUUAUCUCUUAUAUUUGUAUGGAUUCUCAAGCUUUUUUAAAGGAACAAUUGGUAGUUGGUGACAUGGAAAAAUGGUCCGUUUUUUUUCUUCGGUCGGGUUUUCGGUCGUAACUAUUUUGUUUGUUUGCGCAUUUUAGUGUAAUUUCGUAGAGCUACGAGGGAUGAGUGGACGAUAACGUGUGAGAAAUAUCGUCGCGGUUCAUUAUUUUUUCGGCACUAAUUUAAUCGAUGAAGUUGAUGGUCGUGGCCGCAAAGUGGAUUUUGGAUAAAGUUAUGUCGCUGGAUUUUGCCAAUGAACUUUUCCAUUCCAAGAUCUCAUGCAGUUGUGUUUGUGCAGAUGGAUAUGAAGUUGCAAAUUUAAUCAGCAAGAACUGUGCGGAGAGAAAUAAAGGAUUCCAAGGCGAAAGGUUCGUGAGGACACCAGUAAUUCUACAACUACAAUUCUACGUUCCUAUAUCAAUACAUAAGGUGGAAUUGACGCCUUAUAUCGGCAAGCAAUGUUGCAAAGUUAUUCAACUAUAUGUAUCUAACACGUACCCUCUUGGGGAAAAGAACGAAACAAACACAAAUAUGAAUUUCGAUUAUAAUGAUGAACGUUUUCGAAGAACUGGAAUUGCGAAUUUAUUGGAACCUACAAUUCUGACUUUUGUGAACCGCGGUUAUCACCCACACCCAAGAAUAGACUUUCAUCCUAAUGUUACGAAUGGUGAAAUUGAAUUUACUCGAGGGAAUUUGAGUUUUGUGACUUCGAUUAGAAUUAUAGUUCGACAAAUGCUGCAUGGGAGUAUUCCAUCAUUGAAAUCUUUACGAAUUUGGGGCCGACCUUCGAAGUCAUGCUUAAAAGAACAUUAUAACGAAAUAAUGCAGAUGCAAAAUAAUUUAUCAAAAAAUGUACAACCUAGCCAUAAUAUAAACUUAUUCAAUUCCGCCAACAAUUUGGGAUUGAAAGUAACAGAGAAGGACUUAAACGAACAAGAAACGGAAUUAAACUUUAAAGAUGAGCAAAAACCAAAUCCGAACUUCAACCCCACGGAACCAACCACUUUUCCACGAGAAUUCUUAGAUCCAUUGACAUGUGAGCGCAUGAAGUUACCGGUAUUACUUCCUAGCGGACAUACCGUUGACCGGACAACUCUUGACAAGCAUAUAAAAUCACAGCAUGAAAUGGGGAACAUACCCUCCGACCCUUUUACUGGAAUUCCUUUUACUGAGGCAUCCAAGCCUCAACCGAACGUAGAAUUAAAAUUGAGAUUGGAUGCUCAUUUUCUUAAAACUGCAAAAGAUUGUAAUGGAAAUACACUAUGCAAUGAGCCAGAAAAGAGUGCAUUAACCACAAAUGUGUCUUCAAAACUUCAAGAGUGUGAUAAUAGCACUCAAUGUAGUAGCAAAGACAUUUGCCAAGCUUCUGGAAAAAAUACACCAUGCAAUAUUCCUCAAAAAAGAACGCUAGUCCUUAACGAAUCCUCAAAACUUCAAGAGUGUACUGAUAGCACUCAAUGUAGUAGUACAUCUGAGAGUCGAACACAAGCGUUAUGUGCAUCUACAGCCCAAAAUGACAUUUCGAAACUUUCCCAUACAGAGCUAUAUAGCUCAAAUUUUUUACCUCAAAAACGAAAAUUGAAUCAACCUUCAGCCACCUCUUCCAAUCACCUAAACCAGCUUUCAACCAGUUUAAAUACAUCUCUAGCUUCUCUAAACAACCCCCAAAAUAGCAAAAAAAGAAAAUUAAUUGCUCUAAACACAGAAACUACCACCUCAAAUCUUUAUUGCUCAAAAUGCAACAUAUUUUUAUCAUCCACUGUAGUGCAAUACAGGCUACAGUGUUCCCAUAUUAUUUGUUCUUCCUGUUUGCGGAACACUAACAGAAAUGCUGCUAACAAUUUUACUUGUAACGCUUGCUAUUCUAUAUGUGAGUAUAAGUAUAUUGAAAGGGUGCAUUUUUAGUUUUUUUUGGAAGUUGUUAUUCAAGUGAGUGAUCCAAUAAUUUAGAGAUUAUACUUUUUGUAAGCGUGAUGGCCUCCAUCAUUUCAUACAUGGGGGCUCCCGAAGUAUGCGAACCAAGAUGCCGGACAUCGGAAUGUAAUAUGUGUACUAGGUUAGGGUUAGGCCAUAAUUUUAGGUAUAAAUACUACGGGAGGCUCUUGGCUAGUCUU